GACAGCGGUCGUUGGUCGAAGUCGAUUAGUGAUACUAAAACAGAUGGAAGCUACAAAGUCGUUGUGGAAUUUGUAUUGUUUGUUAUCAAGAAGUUUUUGCAAAGUGAGAAUUGAAAUUCAUGUAUUAUGUAGUAAUCACACAGUUUGUUGAAAUUGUUGUGUUUGUUUUGAUUGUUUAAAUAAAUAAAAAUGAAUUUGGAAGUGGCGAAAAACACGGAGUUAGACAACAUUCAAAAUGUUUGUCGAUUAUGUUCUGGGACAGUACAAUUAACAUCAGUUUUCAAUAAGGUGGAUGGCCCAAAACCGUUAGUGGAAAUAGUAAAUGUCUUAACAACAAUUCAGAUAACGAAAGAAGAUACGGUGUCCCAAAAAAUGUGCCAUAAAUGUGUCAGUAUUAUAAUUAAGACAUAUCAGUUUAGAGAACAAGCUAUAAGAAAUGACGAAAAUCUUAAGGUAAAAUACGCAAAACUUAUAAACAGCCAACAAGUAAAAACUGAACAAACAGAUGUAGCUGAAAAAACCACCAAAAGCAAAGACGAAGAAAAAACUCAGGAUGUAAAUUCAACAGUAAAACCUACCACGGUUGAGAAACCUCGUCCGUAUGUGGAAGAAAAACCUCAGGAUGUAAGUUCAAAAGUAAAAUCUACCACCCUACAUGUGGUUCAUCCUAGUGUUACUACAAUUUUUAAAAAACAUCCUACAAUAAGAAUACCUACAAUAUGUAUUAAUUCUAAUAUAAGCCCAACUGUGGUUAUAGAAUUGGACGGUGUGGAAAAUUAUUUGAAAAGACGAAACUUGAGUGUAAACUACUAUGUUAAUAUUCUUACCAAAGAAAAGCAAGUUGCUAGGAAAAGUACUUCUCUAAUUGUUUCACCUUCAAAAAACGUGGACUCUAGAGAAGUUUUUUCGAUAAAAAUCAACGAAAACGAAGAGGACCAAAAACUCGGUGUAGGAGUUUCAGGUAGAAACAGCAGUAGUCCAAAGGAUAUUGACGUAGUGUAUACUACAAACCGCAAAAGAAGACGAUCCGACAGUAGUAGUUCGUCGCAUCGUAGUGCUAAGAAGCGUUUAAUUGCUGAAAGUGCGAGAACUCCAAUUGACUCAAGCCCUAGCCCUGUUCCGUCAGUAAUGAAUGAUAUUUCUGAUUUAUCUUUCGCCAGAUCUGAGAAGAUUCAUGUUUGUAAUAUUUGCGAUGCCGUUUAUUCUAAUGCUUCAAACCUAAAAAGACAUAAGUUUAAACAUCUGAGUUGUCAGUUUUGCAAGAAAAAAUUUAAAACUUUUGCGUUAAAAGAUACUCAUAAUAAGAACGAUUGUGUCAUACAGAAAAUCAUGAAAUCUAUGGUUGACUUACCCACUAUCCCUCUGCAAAAAAUAGAAUGUAAUGUAAAAAUACGAAACAAGUUCCGGAAAGCUUUUGACGCUUUUCAUCUUAUUCCCGAAGAAGAUGCUAAUAGGCCAAAAUCAAAAAAUCGCAAUGCUGCACAAACUGAAUUAACUUCAGGUAUUAUAGAAAUAAUUUCUGAUGAAGAUAACGGAGAUAGUUCAAGUAACUAUUCGUUGUUUACUGAAAUUGUGAUAAAAGAUAAGAUCAUCGAAUGGCCUACAACAGAUACAGAUUCAGACAUAGAACUAAUUCAGAGUUUGUUAAGUCAAUAUAACAAAUCGAAUAAAAAACUUUGUGAAUCAAGUCAAACUUACAUCCCGACUAACUCAUCCAUAAAAUAUAAUCAUGCAGAUAACUCGAUCCAAUUGAAAUUCUUGAAGUUAAGUUUGCUUUCUCAUCAAAUACCCAUUGGUGUAAGUUACGGAUCAUGCUUGAAUAUAUCCUACAAGAGAAAUUUUGGAUCAACGGAGAGGAAACAAUUGCAUCAUUGGGAUGAGUUAGCUUGUUGUGAUAUUAAUUUUGCCGACAGACCUCUUAAGGAAGUUGAACCUAUUGCGAUAGAAGUCACGACAGAUAUUAUAACGUACAACGAUACUACAGGUUCAACAGAAGAUGAAAUAUUAGUAGAAGACAUAUAUUCUCGAUCUGUACCAGAAUUUUAUAAGAUAUCUGAAAAAACGACCGAUAAAACAUCAGUUGACUCAGAACAUGAAACUAGAGUCACAAUACCCGGCCAUUUAGAUGAAACUAAAAAAUGCCAAGAUGAAAAGCGUAACUCCAAAAACACAGAUUCUGAUGAUGAUGUCGUAGUAAUUGAAGAUGAUGCUGAAAUGACAGAAGUGUCAAAUAGUGCAGAAAAUAAAAUUAUUAAUACUACGAAAACGAGCCAACAAGCAAAAACUGGACAAACAAAUGUAGCUGAAAACACCCCCAAAAGCAAAGACGAAGAAAUAACUCAGGAUGUAAAUUCAACAGUAAAGUCUACCACGGUUGAGGAGCCUCGUCCGUAUGUGGAAGAAAAAACUCAGGAUGUAAGUUCAAAAGUAAAAGCUACCACCGUUGAGAAACCUCCUAAUUAUGAUAAAACAUCAGUUGAUUCGGAAUUUGAAACAAAAGACACAACACCCGGUCAUUUAGACCAAACUAAAAAUUGCCAAGAUGAAAAAGCCAACUCCAAAAGCACAGAUUUUUAUGACGAUGUCGUAGUUAUUGAAGAUGAUGUUGAAAUGACAGAAGCAUCAAAUGGUGCAGAUAGUAGCGUUAUUAAUACUACAAAACUAGAUAUUACUGGCGACAUAAUAAAGCGGAAUAAUCUAGAACAGCAUUGCAAAAGUAUGGAAGCGAAGUCAGGUGAAAUUAAACACAUUAAAUUUGUCGCAAAAUAUAAAAUUCUAAAAGAAACAGAAACUGCAGGCGUGUUUUCUGAAGAAAAUGAGAUUUUAAUAGUUGAAGAAUCAUCAAAAGUUCAAACAGAUAACCACAACGUAAAUAUGGAAAAACACGAAAAUAAAGAAAUAAGUAAGGAGUGUUUAGCAACAAAUGAUUUAUCUAAAACUAAUACGUUAUUAGAUCACAAUUCAAAGGAUCCAAGUGUUGAGGAAAAAUGUACUGAAAAUAAAAAGUCAAGUAUCAAUAAUGAUAAAAUGCUAAAACGUAUUAGUAUGGAAGUAAAUCAAGGCUGGUACGGAGUCAUGAGAGAAAAAUCAACUACAGAUAAAACAAACAUUCAGUCUAACAGUAUUACAAUAGAAAAUGAUACUGAAUCUGAAAAAGGAACAUCAAACAAUAAUCAAAAUAGAAUAGGAACAGAUGAAGAUUGUGGUCAAACUCUAGACGAAAGAUUAAAACAAACUAAUUUGGAAAAAGAAAACAAUUUAUGUGGGGUUAUUAAAAAAAUGACAAAGGACCAAAAAUGCGGUAAAAAUAAAAUUGUAGGUAACUUAGAUCAAUCGCCAAAUAAAACUCGUGUGAAUAUGAGGGGUACUGCUCACAAGAAUUUAAAAAGGGGCCAUGAUAAGAUACACACAAAAGCAACGAACAAACAAAUAACAAAAAACUGCUUAAUCGAAAAAGAUGUAGGUCAUAAUGGUGUAUUAAUACAUGAUAUUGAAUUGAUGGAAGAUGUAUCAAAGGAUCUAACAAAUAAAAAAAAAGCUAGUGAAAAUACAAACUCAAAUACCGUUGAUAAGAAAACGGCCCAAACUGAGCUAGAUCUGAGCUACAAUUGUGAAAUUCUGAGAGAUAGAUUUAAUGAAAAUAUGAACAAAGAAAUCGAUUUAGGAGAAAAAAGCUACGAAGAAAAUAUUUUGAAAGAUAUUAUUGAAAUAGAAGAUGAUGAAUCAUCAGAAGAAACAGUAGAUGAUAAAACAGUUACAAACGGUGUAGACGCCACUUUAGAGUAUUUUGAAAUUUCAGAUGAAGAACUAUAAAACUAUAAACUUAUAAAAAUAAAGUGAACCAAAUUGACAAAAACGAUUGUUGCGAAAUUGCAUAAUAAACUUAAUAAUUCGGUAGACCAAAGAAUCUGAAACUAAAAAAAUGCUCAAACCGCAGUGAUCUCACAAAAUCGAAUUGACAGUAUUAAAUCAAAAUAAUAUAAGACUAGAUACAAAUGUUUUGCUCGUAAAGAUCCUGUCAAUCUUAACAACAACGAGAAAGAGCGAAAAAACAUUCGAAUAACCAAGACAAGUGAUUACGUAGAUCGUAUUUUAAAAAUGCUGCAACUUUUGUCUUAAGACUCUAGCCUCAAGACUUUUUUAUUAUGAACUUUUUUUAUUUUGUUAUGAACUUUCCUUAUGCUUAGUUACCUAUUAUUUUGUAAAAUGACUUUGUUACUUUGUAAAUUUUUGGUUAUAAAUGAUAACUUUUU